UUGUUAUUCAAGUAGUUUAAGCCUCAAUUGAAAUUGAUUCUCUAUUUGACUAUUUGUUUGGUGCCAUGAUUUUCGCGUUUAAUGCGGUUCUAGGUUUAAGCUAAUUUCAAAAUGUUCGUUUUCCUUUGUAUAUUCAAAAUUAGCGAGAAAUUAUGUUGUUAGUUAGCAUUAUGCGGUAUUGUGAACAUGUCUGGUAAUAUUUCAUAGUAAUUCUGAUGACAGAAAUAUGUGGGUACUCAUAGAAACUGCAAGGACCAAUACCCUUCGAAGACAGUCCUAUUAUAAAAUAUGUCCUAGGCUGUGAUUUUUGGUUAUCUGUUAAGACUGAGAAGGUUAAAGUUCCUUAUAAAACGAACAAGUUCGGUCCAUAGAUUGAAGACAGUGAAGGUGAAUUAAUAGUGCCUGGCAAAAAGUAACGGAAGUGAGGAUUAGACUUAGUAGUCUUUAAGCUGGAGAUAGGCACUACCACACUACAACCGACUUCUCUUCCAUUCGAGGGAUUAGAAUAACUUGGCUUUCGUUGUUUUGGUCCUGUAUUAACGUAAUAAUCCCAGUGAAGGCGACUUAAACACUUUCUAGCUGACAUCCUUUGUUCGUGUCAUUUCUUCUAUACAACCAUUGAGAUUGUUUUGAUUGGGAAAUUGCAGACAUUUGUCAUGGAAUAAAUUUAAUAAAGGGCUCACUCAGCACAUAAAGGGAUUCAUGGCUGUUGCACGGUUAGAGGGUGCGUGGGCAUGUUUGUAUGCAGCCUUCCCCUUGCAUUUUUGCAAAGAGGACUCUUUUCACAUCUCAAACCUGUAUCUUACAUAUAAGAAUUCUUUUAUUCAAGCGGCGUGGACGAGGAGAUCUCGAGGAGAACUUGCAAAAAAAACUAAUCGGAAAUCAUGGAAACAGAGGACGGACAUGUAUAUGAGACCAUUCUUACUGAAUGUUUUCUUUUCAAAGAGAUUCAUCCAUGCCAAAGUUAUGCACAGAGGAACAAGCAAAGUGAUAUCAGUUGCUUCUACAAAUGCCAAGGAUCUUAGAAACACUUUACCAUCACUUAUAGAUCACAGUGCUUGUAGAAUCGCCGGGAAGCUUAUCGCUGAGAGAUCGAAAGACGCUGAUGUAUAUGCAAUCGCUUAUGAACCUCGAAAGAAUGAGCGAAUCGAUGGUAAGCUUGGGAUUGUUAUCGACACUAUUAAGGAGAAUGGGAUUAUAUUUGUUUAAGCUUAAUCCUUACUUUCUGUGGUAGCAUCACUUGUUGUAAAUCACAUGGCAAGAACUAGUUGAUAUCUUUAUGAACAGACUAUGUAAUUUAAUAGUUUGAUUUUAAUUCAUUAUUUCUAAAAUUACUAUUGCAA